UCGACGUUUAAACAGUAGUAAGUUAGCUAUGGCAUUGAAAAAAAGUGUUCCAGCACGUUAUGUACUAGUAUUAUUUAUCUUCCUGACGUCAAUGGUACUGAAAAGUCAGAGAGCGAUGAUGAACGUAGCAAUUUUAUCCAUGGUCAAUCACUCGGCGAUAUUUAUUAUGCAAAACGAAACACAUUCUGACGAAUGUCCCGGAGGUAACGAAGAAAAUGUCACAUAUACCUAUAUGGAGGGAACUCAUGUCUGGACACAGUCGACUCAAGGUAUUAUUCUUGGAAGUUAUUUUUAUGGUUACGUCUUUGCACAAGUGGUCGGUGGUUACGUGACAUUCUUAUUAGGUCCCAAAAACGUUUUCAUAGCUACUGCCUUAAUUUCAUCUAUAUUUGUAUUAUUAACUCCAACCACCACAAAUUACGGUGUUGCAAUUGUAUCAUUAGUGCAAACUAUAAUAGGCUUAUCACAGGGUUUAUUUUAUCCUGCAUCAUAUACUAUCUUAGCUAGAUGGAGUCCCGUAAAUGAAAAGUCAAGAUUCGUUUCUAUAUGUGCUAGUGGAAACCAAGUUGGCUCAAUCACAGGAAUGAUCGUAACUGGUUACCUCUGCCAAUAUGGAUUUGCCGGAGGAUGGCCAUCCAGUUUUUAUGUUUUUGCAUAA